UUUCAUUGGUCAUCGGUCAGCAGCAUUCCCUCUUGGCCUCUUCCAAAUGCCGUCCUCCCCGUGGCCUCCCGCUGCCGGAGCGCCGCCGCCGCAGCGAGCGACGCAGGGCACGGUCUCUACCGUGGCGCUGGAGCGUGGACCCGUCGAGGGUUCCCGAUCUCCGCCCGCGAAGGAGGCGGAGGCCACGGCUCCGCUUCCGUCUGCGGACUACUACUCAGAGCUAAAGACCCUGGAGCAUGUAGAGAAAACCAAAAAAUAUCAGGGUAAUCUUGCUGCAAGGUUGAAGGCCAAAUAUUUUUCCAACAAGACUUUUGAAAAAGGAUACGUGUUUGAAGAAAUUGUUAUAGGGUCCAAGACCAUCCGGCUAAGCAGGUGGCCAUUUACAAGGUUGUUUGCAGAUCCAGCAAAUUUUUGCCAAGAAAAGAGCUCAACUGAGAAGGACAUUUCUCCAUCUCUGGCUGGUGAAGCCAUGUCAAAUGAUUAAGCACCUCAUUUAGCUGAAGAAAUAUCUAACUCCUGGCAUGUGGCAACUAUCCAUUAUGACCACCCAACGGAUAAGAAUCCAGUAGUUUGCAUCACUAACUUCUAUCUGUUAUCCUUAAAAUCAGUGACCUGGAGCUUGUAUAUUUUUAACGGGACCAAGUUAACCUUAUACAGUUUUGAACCAAAGGCAAAAUUUGUUUUGUAGACAUGUUUACAGGCCUACAUCUAUGGAAGUACACUGAUAUUGAUAUUAUUCCUGCACAGGGAUGUUUCAACUUUUUACCUGAUACGGGUGUCAUA